GUAAGCAUUUUACACACACACACAUAAAUUAAUAAUGAGAUUAGUUAUUCGCGACGAUUAUGAUGAAGUCACUAGCUAUGUUGCCAACUAUGUCAAGGAACGUGUUAAGCAAUUCAAGCCUACUCUUGAACGUCCUUUCGUUAUCGGUCUUCCCACAGGUUCUUCACCUGUAAGUGUAUACAAGGUCUUGGUUGAAAUGUACAAGGCUGGUGAAAUCAGUUUUGAGCAUGUUGUUACCUUCAACAUGGAUGAAUAUGUUGGCUUACCCCGCGACCAUCCUGAAUCUUAUCACUCUUUCAUGUGGAAAAAUCUCUUCAUGCACGUCAACAUCAAGCCUGAAAAUGUUCAUAUUCUCGACGGUAAUGCUCCCGACUUGGAUGAGGAGUGCAAAAAAUUUGAGGCCGAAAUCGCUCGUGUUGGUGGCAUUGAACUCUUUUUAGGUGGUAUUGGCCCUGAUGGUCACAUUGCUUUCAACGAACCCGGCUCUUCUCUCACCUCUCGCACUCGUGUCAAGACUUUGGCUUAUGAAACCAUCAUUGCUAACGCUCGUUUCUUUGAUGACGAUGUCUCCAAGGUUCCUAAACUUGCUUUAACCGUCGGUGUAGCUACUGUUAUGGAUGCUCGUGAAGUGCUCGUCAUUAUCACUGGUGCACACAAGGCCAUUGCCUUAGCUAACUGUAUUGAAGGUGGAGUAAACCACAUGUGGACUGUUUCGGCCAUUCAAAUGCACCCUAAGGGCCUGAUCGUGUGUGAUGAAGACGCGACCCUUGAAUUACAUGUUAAGACCGUCAAAUACUUUAAAUCUAUUGAACAUGUUCAUCAAUCCCUGAUCGGUCCCGAGAACUUGUCUCUUCAAGGUGGUGUUAAGCAACUUAGAAAGUUAGCUAAUAGCUCCAGAUCCCAGACUCCUUUGAAUGGCCCUUAUGACGAAUAAGACCAUUCAAUUUCUUUUAUUCCAAAUCAUCUAACUUGUUACAUAAUAUGUAGUUUCACAAACGAUUCCUUAUCUUUCCUUUUUUUAUUAUUGCCUUUACAUACAUAACCUUUUCCCAUGAUACAUUUCUCAAGUUUUCAUUUUAUCACACAAUAAAGAAGAAAAACUU